AAUUAAUACACAUAAUAAUAUAAUUCUGAAUAAAUAUGUCACAUCACGAAAAACAAAAGAGAUCCUUUUCUAAGGAACAGGUAAAAGGGGCUAUGAUGGUAGCUGGAGGCUAUAUGCUCUUUUCGGCUGCUGUAUGGUCCGUGUUUACCAAUCCAAGAAGACAUGAAUGGGUAGAUGUUCUUAUGGACUACUGCCAUCACAGGAGAUCCCAGUACAGCGGUGUAUGGGCGAGAAUAGCCAGAAGGCAUUAAU